CGCCCGCUUUCUUCGCUGCGUGCUCCGAUUGGUUGACUGUUGCUGUUGCCACAGUGAUGGUGUAGUAACAGAGUUGUAACCCCGCCUCUUUUACCAUAUAUGGAAGUGCAACACCCUCUGGGCGAGCUGUGAUUGGUCAACGUGUGAUCUCUCCAAUGUUUGUAAAUUGUACUCUGAAGACACCGCUGUGUAGAUCUCAGCGCGCAAAUGUAUUUUCUAAUGUUGAUAAACUUUCCCUCUUUGAAUUGUAUUUAAAAAAUACCGGACUUUGGAAACGGCAGGAUAGCAAACCACUGCGACGUUGUGGAUCUUACGGAACCGAACGAGGCAGAAAGACAGACUAUAAUGGUCCUUAGUCAGAUGGAUGCCGGUAAAGCUUUGACGGCGGCAGCAGAAGGGAAUACGAGCGAGGUGCAGAGGAUCCUGGAGGAAUGCAGAGUGCAUCCGGAUACUCUCAAUGAAUUCGGCAGGACUGCGCUGCAGGUGAUGAUGAUGGGGAACACCAAAGUCGCCAGUUUACUGUUGGAAAAAGGAGCGGACCCCAACAUCCAGGACAAACAUGGGAUAGCACCUGUCCACGACGCAGCUCGAACUGGAUUCCUGGACACUCUGCAGGUUCUCGUGGAGUACGGAGCAUCUGUAAACAUCCCGGACCAGCGCGGCGCCCUGCCUAUCCACAUUGCCAUACGGGAAGGACACCGGGAUGUCGUGGAGUUCUUGGCGCCACGGUCUGACCUGAAGCACGCCAACAUCAGCGGUCAGACAGCGAUAGACGUGGCCCGAGCUUCAUGUGUGCCUGAUAUGAUUGACUUGCUUUUCGCUCACAUUCAUAGUUAGUCAGGAGUCUGGGUGCUGGGUGCCUUCAAGGUCACCCGAACAUAUGUCUUUGUUUGCUUCAAACCUGGUGACUUGAAUUCAUUGCUGUGUAAAAGAUUAUUAUUUUUUUGUUAAUAUCGGCUCAACAUUAAUAUGUGACACAGGACAUAUUGUCCUGGCAGCUUGUUUUUAUUGGAUGGGUGGCUACAUACAGUAGACACCUCUUUUGCACAGUGCAAUUUAGGCACCUUAUAUAUAUCUGUUUUCCCUAUUGAUUGGGACUGCACAUUUGUCAAUAGUUUCCCCUGUGUUUUUGUAAUUAUUUCAUCAUUUCCAUUGUGUAACAGUUGAUAUGUGUUUUUUAAGAAAAAAAAAACAAAAACAACUUUUACAAAACUUGACAUGGUGCACCCGGAUUGCUUUUCAUAGUUUUGUUUCUCCUAAUUAGAUGAACUUAGAAUUGACUCUUAUUUAUUGUUGGAAUAGUACUGAAUAUUCCUGUGACUUUGUAAAUAGCAACAUUUAUUGUGAUUGGUUGAAAUGUUAU